AUGUGGCCUUGAGUUCGAAUUAUCGUUGCUUUGUUGGCUUUAACCUCUCAGAUUCCUCACUCUCGAGCGGGAGUGCGGGCUUCCGGGGCAGUUGCAGGGCACCGCGGGGGCUGGGCGUAUGUCCCCCCUCUUCUCUUCUUUUCUCUUCUCUCGCCCUGCCGGUGAGGCGCGUUCGCCCUGGCGGAGAGAGACGGUUCACGGGUUGCCCAUCUUUCUCAUGGCUGUCCGGUAGGUGAAUAGUUAAAACUCUGGAAUUUGCUGCACCAUGGGCAACUUAGAGGUCUUUAUAAUAAAAGGUUUAGACCGGUUCCUGCGGAGAAGGUUGUGAGUGGCUACCAGUCAUAGUGGCUCUGUGCUGUCUUCAGGAUCAGAGGCCACCUGCCGAGGAGCAAUUGCGAGAGUGGGCUGUUGUCCUCAUAUCCUCCUUGUGGGCUUUUCAUAGGCAUCUGACCACUGUGGGAAACAGGGAUGCACAACCCUGACCUGGCAGGGCCCUUUUAAAACUUUUUUUAUAUUAUUCUUGGAGAGAAUGAGAGAUAGUAAUGUCAGUGCAGCUCAGUCUAUCUAUAAAGUUGCACCGAAAGCAUAAUUUUGCCCAGCACGAUUGUUUGCAUGAGUUGCUUGGUGUGAUGAGAGAAAAUAAUUGCACCUUCUGCAAUUUGGCUAGAUUUGGGCUUGGUAGGUAUGGGAAUGGUUUGAGUCCUAAGUCCCUGCUGAUUUUACUGAUUUGCACUUAAAUUGCUUUUUGUUUUUAAUUUAGAGGAUUUUUUUUCUGUAUAAAUAUGCAUAAUUACAUCCCCAAGUUUUUUUCCCCUGAAAGCUGAGAGCUGUUAAGACAACAAGGAAAAUGAUACAUAUGAUUAGCUGAAGAUACUGGAUGCAGCUCAGCUCUACUUCAAAGCAGUCUCACUGACAUCAGUGCUGUUAUGAAGCAGUAUUGUGAAGAUGAGCAUUUUUAAUCUUCUGUACCAGUCCUGUUAUAAUCAAACAACUUAUAAGCAAAGCGCUCAGAAAGGACUGUUUGAGUGUGGGUACCCUUCUACCAUAUGUUUACAGAUGUGUUGGAUUCUUCCAUGGAUUGACUAAAGAAGUUGUUUAGUAUUAAAAGCAAAGUUAAAAACAAACAUAUUGUAGGAUUAUAGGGUUCCUGAGUAUUGACAUCUUGUGGAUUAUAUAAGGGUGUCAUACACUGUGUAUACAUUACUUUUGAUUAGAGGCUUCAUCUCAGUCUGCCAUUUAGACAUAGUUACCCUUUUUGCCAUCAAAAUACUAUUUCAACAUAUGUUGUGUAAGCUUGUCCUACCUUGCUACCACUUAAAAAUUAUAAAUGCACAGACCUACUCUCUUGAGUUUAUAAAGUUCUAUCUAAGGUGAGGUGGGCAAUGUGCUGGCUAUAUUGGUUAGAGCAGAUGGGAGCUGAGACCCUCCCAUUCUAUUGACCUACAAGUUUCCUACCCUUAAUAUAUGGUGCUGCCAUUGUCUAAGUAAGCUAUGGUAGAAGAGUAUGAUAGACAUGACAAUCUUAUAAUACUGGAACUUUGAGGCCUUAGAAAUUUAAAGAUAUAUUGUGGCCUUUCUGCAGUCCAGGAGAAUUGUUCAUAUGUUAUAACUUAUCAUUGUGUGAGAUGGAAACUGGGAGAAAAUUUAACCCGUGGACAGUUUGCAUUAGAAAUUUGCAUUGGAAUAAUUUUAUAAUAGAUUGACUGUAAUAUAAAACAAAGUAAAGAAGCUAUCUGAAUUGUUUGUAUGCAGGGGAUCUCCUCUAAUACAGUUGAGUUUACUGCACCAUAAGAGCCAAAUACCCCUUCAUGGAUCACUGCCUUGUUGUGGCAAAGGGGCUUGUGUAGCUCAAUGAAGCUAUGAGCUAUGCCAUGCAGGGACACCCAAGACGGACAGGUCAUAGCGAAGAGCUCUGACAAAAGGUGAUCCACUGGAGAAGGAAAUGGCAACCCAGUCCAGUAUCCUUGCCAUGAAAACCCCAUGGACAGUACCAAAAGGCAAAAAGAUGAUGCCGGAAUGGUGGAGGUCAAGAAGGCCUGGACGAAUGUUGUCCAUGGGGUCACGAUGGGUUGGACGCAACUUUGGAACUAACAACAACAAAGAGCCAAAUAACUUUACAAAACAUACAAAUAAAAAAUGAACAGCUGAGGUUUUCAUCAGCGAUAAUGAAGGAAAGAUAUUUGCAAUAAGUAAAGUAUUUUAAAGAUGCUUUUGAGCAUUUUCUAGAGCUAACAUCUAUUACCCUGAGAACAGUUAGGGUAACUGAGGCUCACAGUUAAGCAGUAUGAGUUAUAUUAGUAAAGUUCAGGAAAAUUUUGUACAUGUGAUUAAAUACAAGCAGCAUAGUGCUAGGAUACCUAUUGCUACAAUAAUCAGAGUUAGUAAUACUGUGUGGAGGAGUCACGUUUUUCACCAACUUCCUUGGUUGUUUCACCAAUUUACACAACUCUCCACAGUAUAAUAUCCAACACUAUUCAAAAGGAUCUCCCAACCUUCAGGACUCGCUUUUCAGAAGACACAGGCCUGCUGGAAAAAGGGGAGGUGAGAAAGCUCUCUGGAAGGAACUCUGUUCAUGGAAGGGAGGGAUUGUACACCUUGAAGUGCCCCAUGCCUCACUUGCUGCUGGAAGGUCUUCAUGCAUGUAUUGGAUGAGGAAAGAAUAUAAUUCACAUGAAGUAUGCAUCAUAGUUCAGAGUGCUUACUUGGAUAUGACGCUUAUAUCUGGGCACUACCAGGCUGUGAAUCACAAUGAGUAAACGUAAGCUGAAGGAUGAUAUAAGCAGAGAUUGUAUCUCGAAGGUCCAAAGGCUAUUACGUGAAAGAUUUUUUUGUCAAAGUCCAAAUGGAAAAUUGUUUGGGACUAAGCUUCAGCACCGGGAUUUACUGGAGCUGUUAAAACGUACUGCUCUCCAUGGUGAAAGCAACUCUGUACUCAUUAUUGGACCUCGAGGAUCAGGAAAGACUUUGUUAACACACCACAUCUUAAAAAGACUCACGGAAGACAAGCAAAUAAGGGAUAACAUCUUACAAGUACAUUUAAAUGGACUAUUACAAACAAAUGAUAAAAUUGCUCUUAAGGAGAUUACAAGACAGCUGAAUCUGGAAAAUGUGGUUGGAGAUAAAGUUUUUGGUAGUUUUGCAGAAAACCUUACAUUUCUUCUGGAAGCAUUAAAAAGAGGUGACCGUGCCCACAGCUGUCCAGUGCUAUUCAUAUUGGAUGAGUUCGAUCUUUUUGUUCAUCAUAAGAAUCAGACUUUGCUGUAUAACCUCUUUGAUAUAGCUCAAUCAGCCCAGGCACCAAUAGGUGUUGUUGGUAUGACUUGUCGACUGGAUAUUCUAGAACUCAUGGAGAAAAGAGUGAAGUCAAGAUUUUCACACCGGCAAAUAUACUUAAUGAAUUCCUUUGAUUUUAAAAAAUACCUGAAUAUUUGUAAAGAACAACUAUCCCUGCCUCCAGAAUUUCCAGAAAAAAAGUUCUCUCAGAAAUGGAAUAAAAACAUACAGUCUUUCUUAGAAGACAAAAAGGUUCAAGAUGUACUGCAAAACCAAUUCCAUUAUAAUAAAGACCUGCGGUCUGUUUCCAUGUUGUUGAUGUUUGCUUUAAGUAGUAUAACUGUGUCUCACCCAUAUAUCACAGUCUCAGACCUUCUUGAAGCAAGUAGACUAUGUAGAAUGGACUCCAGAGCAAAUAUUAUACAUGGUCUGUCUGUCCUGGAAUUCUGCCUCAUAAUUGCUAUGAAACAUUUAAAUGAUAUUUAUGAAGGAGAACCAUUUAAUUUUCAGAUGGUUUAUAAUGAAUAUCAGAAGUUUGUUCAGAGGAAGGCACAUACUGUGUACAACUUCGAGAAACCUGUUGUUAUGAAGGCUUUUGAACAUUUGCAACAUCUUGAGUUGAUAAAACCUGUAGAAGGGUCAUCUAUGAGCACACAGAGAGAAUACUUAUUCAUGAAGCUGCUUUUGGACAACAGCCAAAUUAUGGAUGCUUUGCAGGUUUACCCAAAUUGCCCAACAGAUGUCAAACAAUGGGCAAUGUCCUCAAUAAAUUGAUUCUGGACUUCAGAAGCAUGAAACUCAUGAGAGUCAGAGUUGCUUAUUCACCAGAUUAGGCAUCAGUGAUAAAAACUGAAAAGGAGAUACUUGAAAAUGUGGGUGUUUAUCUUCUAAGGGGUGUUCUUGGGUAAACUAGGAAUUGUCCCAUUUUCCUUUAACAAAUACGGAAAGUUUACAAACUAGUAAUUUUGACCUGAAUCGGCAAUCUUGCCUAUUCAAAUUGUUUUCAGUGUCCUACAUUAAAAACAAUUCAUUUUGGUUUUGUUUAGAUCAUUUUUGCAAUGACUACUUUUCCUAAUAGGCAUAUUAAAUGAGGAAUUUUUGUUUUGAACCCCAACAGAAGGAAAUGUUCUUUAAUUGUGUUAAUCUUUUUUGCUGGGCAUCAACCGAGUAAAUGAAGUUGUUUGCAUUCUAUUAAACUGUUCCUUACUGUU